AUGAAGUCCAAUGCUGGGAUGGACGUCCACACUGUCCUUGACGACUCGCCGAUUUAUCGGAGAACGAGUCUUGCCGUGAUACCUGCCCUUUGUGUGGCUGGAGCUUUUACCAUACUGCUACACAGGAAUUACCAAGCUUACCUUUCCUUGGGUCCCGGAGGACUGCCGUUGAAUCCCUGGGGUUGGUUAAUUUCCACACUCGUCAAACCGCUCGGCAGAGAAACUCUCAGUACGACCGAAUACGACGGGGCCGACAGCUUUGAGAGCUGCCUCGGAGAAUCUUCCAGUAUACCAUACCGAUCUGGUCCUCGUCCUCGGACGGGAUGGCAUUUUCUGCCUCAGCGACAGCUCGAUCAAAUACCUGACGAGGCCGUUAAACAGAAACUGCGAGAGCUAAUGGAUCGGUUGGCGAAAGAGUACGAGAAGACCGUAGCAGUGAUGCCCUCGCCACACGAGAAAGUGGACAAUGCUUUGAUCAUCCGAGGAACUCCGCCACACAAGAUCGCAUCCGAUGCCCAAAGCGAAAUCUUGCACCUUCACGCGUCCAGUGACUUCUCUGUGCAUGCGAUACUGUCGUCUAGAGACUGCAAGCUUGUUAUCGAGCGUGGAUGGGGCGAACGGCAUCCCUUGAGUGGUGUGCUUGGAAAUGUCCCGCGUCAGUUCCUCAUGGUCUACGCACCCAGGAAUGACGAAGAGUUCGCUGUAGUAGAGCGCAUCCUGAAGGCAUCUAUCGAAUAUAUGACGAAGCGGCACUCAAAUUCUUGA